AUGCCUUCCGAAAUAAAGAGAACAAUCAAAAGAAUGGCUAGAUGGAGUAUACCACCAGCCAAUUGCAUUCCAAACAAUUGUAUAAUCAAUAUCUAUGAUGAAGGGGAUUGCAUUCCCCUGCACAUAGACCAUCAUGAUUUUGUGAGGCCCUUCUACAUGGUGUCCUUCAUGAGUAAGAGCAAUAUACUAUUUCGGAAAGAAAUUGACAUUAUUGGCCUUGGGGAAUUCAAAUUUUCUGUUGAGAUUCCAGUACUGAUGGGUUCAGUACUGAUUCUAAAACUAAAUGGAACAGACUUAGCCAAGCACUGCAUUCCAUGGUUACGACACUGCAGAGUGUCUGUGACAUUCAGAAAGAUGGACGACAGUAAGAUACCAUAUGGGUUCCGACCAGAUCCAAAGUUAGAGGAGUUGUGCCCAUACGACCUGUGA